CCCGUCUCCAGUUCUCCGCGAAUUCCAACCUCCACGCACGACCAGCUGCAACCAUGUCUUCGAUCGCUGCUAUGGCUUCCCGCCGGGCUCUGGCUCGCCAGCCCAUCUUCCGCGCUCCCCCGCGCCGCUUCAUGUCCUCCAAGGUCGAGGAGGCCAGCCUCGACAAGGCCCCCAAGAAGGACCCUGAGCUCUACGUUCUGCUCGGUGUCAUGUCCGGUGCUUUCCUGCUCGCUGGCUGGUACUUCGGCAGCAAGCCCACCUCCGUCACCUCCGAGAGCAACGUCCGCAUCGGCGAGUCCGCCAUGCCCUGGCACGGCGAGGCUGCGGAUGGCAAGGUCUACAAGUACCAGUACCACCCCCACGGCGACAAGAACCAGCCCCUCCGCGCUGCCCCCAGCGCCAUGAACACCGUCAUUGUUCCCAACGUCACCCUCCCCGAGGACCUCCACGAGAAGUUCAACAAGUACGGCAAGGAGGAGUGGGACUACUAAACGGCUUCUGCGAAGCCCUUUAAAAGAUGGUGUGAGAGCGAAUGGUCACUUAUAUGUAAGUGGCCGGCUGCUGUAU